AUGAGCUGUAGAAAGUUCAGUGCGCCAAGACAUGGGUCGUUGCAGUUCUGCCCAAGAAAGCGUUCAUCAACAAUCAGACCGUCAAUAGGUGCGUUUCCAAAGGACAAUGCACAAAAGGCAGUGCACCUGACAGGAUUCAUGGUGUACAAGUGUGGAAUGACUCACGUGGUAAGGACUAAGGAGCUUGUGACCAAGAACAAGCAGGUGACUAAGGAGCUUAUGGAAGCAGUUACGGUUCUUGAGGCACCACCAAUGGUUGUACACGGAGUUGUUGGAUACGAGGAGACAGCACAAGGAAUGAAGAGAAUGCAACCAGUUUAUGCAGCACAUCUGAGCGAAGGAGCACUAAGAAGGAUGUUUGGAUAUGGAUAUGAAGAGAUUGGAAAGAAGGUUGCGGGCGGAUACAAUGCUGAAGAGAUGCAACGACGAGUAGAGGAGAUGAAGAAGAAGGCAUGUAGUAUCAGGGUGCUUGUGGAGACACAGCCAGUGUUAGUGAAGGGACUGAAUCUGAAGAAAGCACACAUAGCAGAGAUGCAGGUGAAUGGAGGAAGCAUGAGUGAGAAGAUUGAAUGGGCGAUGAGUAGACUUGAGAAGGAGAUAAGAAUUGCAGAAGUAUUUGGAGUGAAUGAGAAUAUUGAUGCGGUUGGAGUAACGAAGGGAAAGGGAUUCCAAGGAACAGUGAAAAGGUUUGGGGUACGAAUUCAGCCAAGGAAGUCACGAAAGGGAAUAAGAAAGGUUGCAUGUAUUGGAGCAUGGCACCCAAGCAGAGUGAUGUAUUCAGUGGCAAGGGCAGGGCAGAUGGGAUUCCAUAGAAGGACUGAGGUGAACAAGAAGGUGUACAUGAUUGGUAAUGGAAAGGAGGAGAUACAAACUGAGUAUGACCUGACACGCAAGCCAAUAACGCCUAUGGGAGGGUUCCCACACUAUGGAGUAGUGCGAAAUGAUUAUAUUAUGGUGAAGGGAGCAGUGAUGGGACCUACGAAGAGGGUAGUGACGCUCAGGAAGAGCCUGCAUGAGCAGAAGAAGGGAGAGGAAGUGGUGAUCAAGUUUGUUGACACGUCAUCUAAGAUUGGACACGGAAGGUUCCAGACGAGUGAGGAGAAGAGAGUGUUCUAUGGCGCUAAUAAGGCGGAGAUAGUUGAUGAGGUUCAUUAA